UGAUGUGAAUUACCAAAACUCAAAUAAACUUAGCACCUGUUAUUACAUUACCCUUUUAAUAUCUGCCUGUUUAUCUCUGUUCUGACUCUGACUCCCCCGUUUUUCUAUUGUUUUCUACCGUUUACUUUGUAUUUGUUUCCACUCUCAUCCUGUGUCAGUCUCUAUAUUCUCCAUCUCUUUCUCUCCCCCACUGUCUUCUCUUUAUCCCCCCCAUCUUUAUCUCCCCUUUUUCCCAAAGUCUUCCCCUCUGUAACUCUAUACUCUCCCCAAAUCUUUCCGUCUCUUCCCCAGAUUUGUAUUUACUCUGAUCCGUCUCCUUCAGUCUCAACCCCAGUAUUUCCUACUUUUCCCAAGUCUUUCAAGCUGGAUCCCCUUCUCUUUCCCCUUGUUAUAUCUUCCUCAUCCAGUGGUCUCCACAAGUGUAUGUCUCCUCUCUCUUUAGUAUUUCUCCUGUAUUGGCUAAUCUCCCCCAUUUAUUCCCUCUUUUCUCCUCCUCUUGUCUCCAGUCUCCCACUGUAUAUGUCUCAUUAGGUCUCCCGCUGUCUAUAUCUCUCUUCUCCCCAUCUACAUCUUUCUUUCCUCCUCUAUCCCCUCUUUAUAUCCCUUCCACCUCUCUCUUAUUUCUUCUCUGAUUCCUAGUUUGUCAGUCUCUUUCUCUGUCUCACUUCUCAUUCCCCAGUUUCACUCUCUUUAGCAACAUUAACAGUCUCUCUCUCUCUCUCUCUCUCUCUCUCUCUCUCUCUCUCUCUCUCUCUCUCUCUCUCUCUCUCUCUCUCUCUCUCUGUCUCUCUGUCUCUCUCUCUCUCAUUGUGCCUCUGUGUUGUACUUUUCUCCCUGUCUCCCCAUCUUGCCUCUGUACCUCACUUCUGAUUACCAGGGUAUAUGACUUCUCUACUCCCCCCAAUACAAUUCAACCCUCAUCUGCAUGACCCCCCCCAUCUAAAUUCGCUCUUUUCUAAUUGUCGGCUCUUUUACCUCUUGUGUUUCCCUUUUUUCCUUAGCUCUCUCGCUCUCUCUGAACCCCUCUCCAUUUGUCUCUUUCUCUCUCGCUGCCCCCCUCCCUUUUGCUGUCCCUCCUCCCUCUCAUCUUCUCUGUAUCUUGUGUGUUUCACGCCCAGCUGCCCGUGUGCGGUUCCCUGGGGGUGUGUGUGUGUGUGAGUGUGCGAGGAGCGUGUGUAUGUGUGCGAGGUAAUGACACACUCAGUGCUACAUACAGAGAUGCUCUUGUCUCCAUGGCAGCAGUAACUAGAAGAAGAGAUCCAAACUGGAGUGAUAAGAGAAUCCUACAUAAGAGCACCUACAUUUAUCACCAGACUUUCCUUGGAAUUUAAUCCACUAGGAAGUGUCUGGAGACAGCAUUCAAAGUACUGCAGGUACUGUAGCACGUCAUAGUGCCCGUGAGAAAGAGGAGGCCAGAAGAACCAAGAAGUGAAAAGGUUACUCCAAAACGAAGAAGACCAAGGAAGAAAAGAAAAGAUAAGAAAAAGAGACUGUACGGGGAGACAUUGUAGACAGACUGCAGAUCAUUAGUGACAAUCGAAUAGGCAUUGAACAGUAGUAGAGUAAAUCAUGGAGAGUGUUGGACAGAUGAAACGGAAAUCCAGAAAAUUGGCAAAGAGUUGCCUAUAGAGUAGGAUACCAAGAAACCCUCCAUCCAGUUCUUGGGCAACAAUGGAUUCUAGAAGACCAGUUAGAACCUGAUGUUUCAGGAAGAAGUGAGGAGUCUAGAGUAGAAAGGCAUAGAAAGGAGGGGAAAUCCAAUGAAAAAAAUAGAAAAGAAAAUUAUUGGGGGCAAAAAAUAGUGGCUUGAGGGAUUUACCAGACAGAGUCAAAGUAAAGUUUGAGAAUAAAGACAAAAAGUAGGGGAUAGAUCAAGGGAAGAACACUUAGAAAGAGGUUUCAGUUAGGAAAGACAAAAGUAGGACUGUUGCCCUUUGGGCCCAGAAGAUGCCCCGGGCCUCUGAUCAGGAUGAGGCAGAUGAGCUGUAUGAGAAUAACUCCUUAUCUUGGCUGGCAUGUGGUGCCCUCGCACUCCUCGCCAAUGGAUGGAGCAUCUUAAGCUUAGCCAGUCGUGGGGGAAUCGGGCAACGUCCUCGUCCCUUGGAGCUGCUCCUUUGCCUGUUGGCUGGAACACACCUUCUCAUGGCGGCCAUACCUCUGUCCCUUUUUUCUGUUGUUCAGCUGAGACAUAAACAUUCCGGGUAUGAGUGGAAUGAGGGACUGUGCAAGGUGUUUGUUUCCACAUACUAUACCCUGGCACUAUCUACUUGCCUAACCGUGGCCUGUCUCUCCUACCACAGGAUGUGGAUGGUCCGUUGGCCUGUCAGCUACAGGCUUGGUGGUGCCAGGAGGCAAGCACUUCAGGGGGCAUUGGGAAUCUGGGCAGCUUCGUUUGUGCUUUCCACACUUCCAUCCAUUGGAUGGCAUGACAACGCCCGCCGCUUCUACACCCGUGGUUGCCACUUCUUGGCUAGUCGCAUUGGCUUGGGCUUUGGUCUGUGUUUCCAACUUCUGCUUCUAGGAGGAGUGGGGACGGGCCUAGGAUGUUUGGGAGUGACUAUAUACCAUGCCUGCUGUUGCCCUGCGUCAGGGCAAAGAGGAGGAGCAGGGGAAGGUGGGGUGGAGGGCAAGAUAGAAGUUCCAGCCAUUGUGGUGCAGGAUGCACAGGGAAAGAGACGUUCAUCAUUGGAUGGAUCAGAAUCACCGAGGACAGCGGCGCAGGUCACCGGACUGAUUGGAGGCAUUGUGCUGCUGUAUGAUGCACUGACUGGAUUACCCAUACUGGUGGUGAGCUUCGUCAGUUUGCGGUAUGACAGCACCCCGCCGUGGAUGGUGUUGUGUGUGCUGUGGUGCUCCAUGGCACAGACCCUUCUCCUCCCAUCGUUCAUCUGGUCCUGCGCCCGAUAUCGAGCAGAUCUACGCACCGUGUGGGAACACUGCGCCUCCAUGUUGUCCGACAGCGGAGCGGAUGAGGACAGUGGUCGGGAUGACUUUGCAGACGGCCGCCUGUGUGAAGUUCGUUUCGAUUCCAAUGGAGCUGCCAUUAAGAGACCCCCACAAUAUCUGGGAGGAGUCCUGAGAGAUGGAAAGUAUCUGCCAGUUAGACACGUCCUGCUCCCAACAGACCGGGGCCAGUACCUCCAAGUGCACCGACAGCAGGCCCCCCUUUCUCGACGGAUGUCACAUGAUGAGAUGGACCUCUUUCCCCCUCGUUCCUCACCUCUUCUGCUCAGGUGGUCUUCCUCAGAUGACAUCCAUGGAGGCACCGGAUCUGUACGCAGUAGCAGCCCUUUAAGCCCUCGUCGAGUUCACAAUGUGUCACCCUGGAAUCGUCACCUGCCUUCCACUGCCAACGGAGAAGAGAGCCUUAGCACCUUGCAUCAGUUUUUGGCUGGUGGAAUGGGAGGGUCUUCUGGUUUUGGUGGCAUCCAAAGCUCCUUUUUCAGAGAUGAGAUUACGGCAUUCAUUGAUGAUACUCCUUGUCCUUCACCCAUGGGGACACCACAUAGAGUACGAGCUUCACCUAGGCCCUCCCCAAUCUCAAGGAGAGGGAUGGAGGGGGCAUCUGUAUGGGGAGGAUCUGGAGAGCGACGUCUAUCUCUAUGUAGUCCUCCACUUGGAGCAACUGUACCCCGCAGAGCUUCUCUCUCUGAAAGGGGAACCAAAGGUGGGACUUCAUGAAGGAACGGGGCAGAAUUUGGAAGUGAUAAGUUGGUUUCAUCCACUCAUCCACCUCCAUUGCACCCAGUAUAGAGAAGGGGACUUCACACAGAUUCCCCUCUUGCAAGAAAUCUUUAUCUCUCAGGCAAACCUGCUGUUUGGGGGGGUAGAGGGUUUGGAGGGUAGCCUAUACCUAUAUGAUCCUCAAUUCGCCCUUAAAACCCCUUUACCCCCCACAGACACAAAAAACACACUGGAAAAUGAGCCAAAAGAUACAAAAUAAAAUGUGAUUUGAAUAGAA